UUCUGUUAACCACAAGGAAGUAAAGAAGGAAAACGCAACUUAAGUGAAAAGUAACCGUUUCAGUUUAGAUUUUAGAUGUUCUUUUUUCAGUGAUUAUAAUUUUCUUUUAUAUUUUGGGAUGUAAAUGCCGUUUUAACUUAAUUGUCGUGUCUGAGCCAUAGACUGUAUAAAAAAUACAUCGUAUCAUGUAUACGGUCUGUGGUCUGAGCAAAGGAGCUUGGUUUAAGGUCUAACCAUAAACCGAGCAUUUUUUUUAGUAAGACAAUAAGAUAAUAACUGUAUUGAAAAUCAAAUCCUGCAAAAGGUUUAUGUCUUUCAAGGCCUUGCGUUACAAUGGGAGUCCAGGGCCUGACCACUUUUGUUGAAGGGAACAGGCACUUCCUACAAGAUGUGAAGUUCAGGGACAGAAGACUGUUGAUAGAUGGGUGUAGCUUGUUUUUCUAUCUUUACUUUAACCACGGUUUGGAUCAGCAGCAUGGAGGGGACUAUGAUGCUUUUUCCUGCCUACUCACACAAUUCCUUUCUGCUUUGGCAGCAUGUAAUAUACACCCAUUUGUUGUUCUAGAUGGAGGGAUGGACCCUAGUGACAAGAAGUUAAACACUCUGUGCCAACGUCUGGAGUCCAAGAUAAAGAUGGCAGACAGUAUCUCUCGAAGUCGCCAUGGCUCUGUCCUACCACUCCUCACCAGCGAAGUUUUCAUUCAAGUGCUUAUUCAAAGUGGAGUUCCCCUGGUUCAGUGCCCAUCUGAGGCUGAUAGGGAGAUUGCAUGUUUGGCUCGGCAGUGGAACUGCCCUAUUCUCAGCAGGGAUAGUGACUUUUAUAUAUUUGACCUCCCAGGUGGUUACAUUCCACUGAAUUACUUUCAAUGGACCAAUCUCAGUGGAAAAACAAAUCAACGCUACAUUUCAGCUCGACUGUACACCACGAGUGCCUUGUGCCGCUGGUUUGGGGGCCUGAACAAGGAUCUGCUUCCGCUGGGUGCAGUCCUUGCUGGUAAUGAUUAUGGUACUCCAAAAGAAGUUAAACUCCUGUCUUUAGUAGAUGCAAUUAGUGCUACAAGAGGUAAUAAGGGAGGAAAAGGUAGGGCUCCAGUAUCCCGCAUUGAAGGGCUGCUGGCCUGGCUUUCUUCCUUCUCUGGCCCAGCCGAGGCACUAGCAGAAAUUGGUCAGCUUGUUGAAGAGGAUGCCAAAUCUAGAGCUCAGGGUAGAGACAAAAAGGGAGUUGUGAGCUCAAAAUUACAGGCAUGUAUGCAAGAAUAUAACAUCACCUGUCACAGUUCUUUAGCUCCCUGGUUUUCAGAAAGAAAGGAAGUGCCUGGAGGCUGGACAAGUCUUGGACUACCAGCGUGCCUUGCUAAAACUGCAGCACAGGGACUAUUGGCUGCUUCUGCUGUAGAUGCUUUGGUGAUGCAGAGGGUCCUGCUCAUGCCUCAAGUGGAAAAUUCCAAACUGGCCAGCAGCCACUGUAGUGCUAUAUCUAUUCGCCAGUCUAUGUAUGGGAUUUUAUUAAACAGAUUUCAAACAAGGUUGACACAAGGAAAGAAUGGUAAUCAAGGGGGAAAGGGUCAGAGUGCAGGUAGAGGCCUUGUGGACAGCCAUGUGAGUCUGGACCAAACGUAUCCUCUGCGGCAAAAAGCAGCUGAUGUUCAGGUUCAGGGGCCAGCAGUUUUUGUGGAGGAAUAUGACCGCAAGGACCUGAAUUUGAAUAAAAAAAUGGUGGAGGCACAUCAGCUCAAAAUGCCCUUCUCGCUUGAUGCCAUUGGCCAGGCUUCACCCGCAGAUCGACUUACUGUUCUUUUGGAGGUCCUAGGAGUGACUCAGUCAGCUCUAAGUCCAUUUCCCCCACACCUGAGGCUGGCUAUAGCAGUAACAAUUUUUUGGCAGCGAGAAGCCAAACCAACACCCACACAGCCUCAACUCCAGGCUCUGCUAAUGGGGUUUGUGUAUGGAGAGCUGAAUCUGCAUGCUGGUUCCCAACAAAAUUGGACUCAUGAGCGUGGUUUGAGUGUGGCAAUGGUUCAGAAGCGCUUAAGACCAGGGGAGAGAAGAGGCUUAGACCUAGGAGAUGCUCACACUUACAGUCAAUGGCAAGCCUGCCUUUGGGCUGCUCUGUGUCUCAAUCAAGUACUCCUGCAUCCAAUGCCUGAACCAUUCUUAUCAUGGUUGUUCAGCGGUACUUUAGUACAUGGUCUUGCUAAAUAUUUAAAAGGUGGCCAGACUCCUGAAUCUUUGUUGCUUAAAUCCACCUUAUCUGAGCAACUUUACUCAUCUCUGCUGGACACUGUGAACAAGAGCACCCUAAAAAGUCACCCAGCUUCUUCAGCAUCAGGAGGAAGGAAAAGAAGUGGCCGUGGAAGGAAAAGAGGCAGUGCGCGUAGAGGAGGUGGACGAGGGAACAGAGCUACUGAAGAGAUAAACAACCGUUUUGCUCUGCUUAUGAGUGAAGAGGAGGAUGACAUGUAAAGUAUAGAAUUGUAACAGGCCUGUUUAUUGCACUCAGAAAAAGACCAAAGAUGUUAUUUUUGUACACAGUAUACUCUAGGAGUUUACAACCAGAAUCAUUGCACUAAAUUCCAUGCCUGGUGCUGUAUCUGCUUUUAAAGGAUGUAAUACCAAUACAUGCAUGUUGAUAAUAUUUUAUGAAUUUUUUAUUCUGUUAAAAUACUAACAUUUAAUUGUAAUUAUUUUUAGCAGUCAAUCAUUAUGCCACAUAUUCAGAGCUGUAAUUAUUAAAUUGAAUAGUAAAAUAAAUACAUCAAAACACUUAACUUACAUCCCAAUAAAAAAUAUAGAAACUUAAA